AUGACUAAUACUAAGGAGGAAAUCAAUAGCCCUACGUAUUCAAGCGGCUCAAGACAAUCUGACAGCACUCCUCGCGAUAAUCAACCCGCGACUACCGACCCGGUUAACGGGGACGACACCAGCUCAACCGAAAGAUCAGAUGGCAACUUUAAUACCGAUGACUUUACACCUAUUGACGUUAUUCCCGACAAUAAGGAAAAACAGUCUUAG